CUGCAUCCAACUCGCUUGUUCACACUUGGGUUCAUUCACACACACUUUUCCCACCGGGAUGGAUCCGCUCGAGCCAGCGCGCGGAGCCAGCGGGGAGCGCACACGCGUCCACGCGGCACACAUGGCCGGGAAUCUAUGGCGAACAUUUUCUACGUCCGUCUGGAUAAUAGCGACUCUGGUUUCGAGCUCGAGGACGAGGAUUUAUCCGCCUAAUGAAGUGACCCUGCUGGACACCAGGACAGUGCCAGGAGAACUGAAAUGGGCAGCCAGUCCUUCAGAGGGAGGGUGGGAAGAGGUGAGCAUUAUGGAUGAGAAGAACAUCCCCAUCAGAACGUACCAGGUGUGUAAUGUCCUGGAGCCCAACCAAAACAACUGGCUGCGGACGGACUGGAUCCCUCGGUCCGGCGCUCAGCGGGUCUACGUCGAAGUCAAGUUCACCCUCAGAGACUGUAACAGCUUACCGGGCGUCACUGGAACCUGCAAGGAGACGUUCAAUCUGUACUACCACGAGUCCAACGAAGACAGAGAGAGCUACAUCAAAGAGAGCAGCUUCAUUAAGGUGGACACUGUGGCAGCAGAUGAGAGCUUCACCCAGGUGGACGUUGGCGAUCGCAUCAUGAAACUGAACACCGAGGUGCGAGACGUGAAGGUCACGACCCGGAAGGGCUUCUACCUGGCCUUCCAGGACGUCGGCGCCUGUAUCGCUCUGGUUUCUGUCAGGGUUUUCUAUAAAACCUGCCCGCUCACCAUUCGCAACCUGGCUACGUUUCCCGACACCGUCACUGGAGCGGACACGUCCUCCCUGGUGGAGGUCAGAGGGUCGUGCGUCAACCAGUCAGAGGAGAGAGAGGAGCCUAAAAUGUACUGUGGAGCUGACGGAGAGUGGUUGGUUCCUAUUGGUGGAUGCCUCUGCAGCCCAGGAUAUGAAGAAAAAGGCAGCGCAUGUAAAUCCUGUACUGCUGGUUUCUAUAAGGCCAAGUCUUCAGACCCGGGAUGCUCCAAAUGUCCUCCGCACAGCCACUCGCUCCGAGACGCAGCGACGGUCUGCGACUGCCACUCUGGAUACUUUCGCUCGGACGCCGACCCCCCUUCCAUGGCUUGCACCCAGCCACCAUCGGCCCCGCAGCAGCUCAUCUCUGUGGUGAACGAGACCUCGGUGGUCUUGGAGUGGACCCCCCCUCGCCGGCUGGGCGGAAGAAGCGACACCAGCUACAGUCUGGAGUGUCUCAUCUGUCAGACCGCUGGCAGGGCCCUCCCCAGGAAUCGCAGCCUCUCCCAGCCCGAGGCUCAGCACGGCGGCCUGGGGAUGCAGUCAGACCAGGGGAUCGUGGGACCCGAGGUCCAGCUCGGCCGAGGCGUCUUCCAGAGCAGGCCUGGCGAUUACCCCCGGCUUGGCUCCGGCUCCGGCCCCUCUCCCACCUCUCAGCUCUGCCUGCCCUGCGGCUCGGACGUGCUCUUCUCUCCCAGCCAGACGGGCCUGAAGACCACCAAGGUGGUCGUGAGCGAGCUCCGAGCCCACACACACUACACCUUCAUUGUCCACGCGCGCAAUGGGGUUUCCCUGGCCAGCGGCGCAGGGGCGACGCAGAGCGUGUCCGUCAGCGUCACCACCAACCAAGCCGCUCCCUCGCCAGUCUCGUUCGUCCAAGCCACCGAUGUCACCAGGCACAGCUUGUCGUUGUCGUGGCAACAGCCCGAUCGACCCAACGGGGUCAUCCUGGAGUACGAGGUCAAGUUCUAUGAAAAGGAUCAGAAAGAGAGGUCGUACCGCAUAAUGAGGACCUUCUCUCAGAGUGUGGAUGUCACGGGUCUCAGCCCUCUCACCGUGUACGUGUUUCAUGUGCGCGCUCGCACAGCCGCCGGGUACGGGGAGUUCAGCGCGCCGUUCGAAUUCUCCACCAACUCAGAUCCCUUCCCUCUGAUUGGAGAGGGAGUUAACUCUGCCUUCCUGCUGCUGUCUGUCAGCGGGGUCGGAAUCUUACUGCUGAUUUCUGCAGCUGUGUUCAUCAUUAGUCGCAGGAGGAGCAAGUACAGUAAAACAAAGCAGGACUCAGAGGAGGAGAAGCAUCUUAACCCAGGAGUGAAAAUCUACGUCGACCCGUUCACCUACGAAGACCCCGAUCAGGCCAUCCACGACUUCGCCAAGGAGAUCGAUGUCAGCAGUAUUCAUAUCGAGAAAGUUAUUGGCAUGGGGGAGUUUGGCGAGGUGUGCAGCGGUCGGCUGCGAGUGCAGGGGAAGAGGGAGAUCUACGUGGCCAUCAAGAGUCUGAAGGCGGGAUACUCCGACAAACAGAGGAGGGACUUUUUGUCCGAGGCGUCCAUCAUGGGGCAGUUCGACCACCCGAACAUCAUCAGGCUGGAGGGCGUCGUCACCAGAUGUAAGCCACUGAUGAUCAUCACAGAGUACAUGGAAAAUGGAUCCUUGGACUCAUUUCUUCGGAAACAUGACGGCCAGUUCACGGUGAUCCAGCUGGUGGGGAUGCUGCGUGGCAUCGCCUCAGGUAUGAAGUACCUGUCGGACAUGAACUACGUCCACAGAGACCUGGCGGCUCGAAACAUCCUGGUCAACAGCAACCUGGUGUGCAAGGUGUCCGACUUCGGUCUGAGCCGAGUCCUGGAGGACGACCCCGAGGCCGCCUACACUACGAGGGAGGCCACUGGAACUUACCUUUCCCCCGGAGGGAAGAUCCCCAUCAGAUGGACGGCUCCAGAAGCAAUAACCUACAGGAAGUUCACCACGUCCAGCGAUGUGUGGAGCUACGGCAUCGUCAUGUGGGAGGUGGUGUCUUACGGAGAGAGACCCUACUGGGACAUGAACAACCAGGAUGUGAUGAAGGCGGUGGAGGAGGGCUACCGUCUCCCGGCGCCCAUGGACUGCCCGGUGGUUCUGCACCAGCUCAUGCUGGACUGCUGGGAGAGGGAGCGAGCGGAGAGGCCCACCUUCAGCCAGAUACUCAACAUGCUGGACAAACUCAUCCGGAAUCCAGGAACGCUGCGCCGGACGGGUGGAGACAGAUACAUAAUGGACAUACCCACGGGCUCCAUGCUGGAGUCGGGGCUGGGUCCAGAGGUGUGUGUGUCAGUCGUACCGGAGGUGUGUGUGCCGGAGCGGUCGAUGUGUGAGUGGCUGCAGUCCAUCGGGUUGGAGAGGUACAGGGACACGCUGGCAGCGGCAGGUUACACCAGCCUCGACAGCCUCCUCGGAAUAACACACCAGGAAAUGGACAGACUCGGAAUAAUCACACUGUCACAUCAGGACAUGCUACUCGCGAGUGUGCAACAGGAAAUGUUGUCUCAAAUGCAACACAUGCAGCACUCGAUGGUUCCUGUCUGACCUGGCCAAACGGAGACGAAUGUGUUAUUGUUUUUUUUUUUUUUU